AUGCGUUCGUUUACCAUUGUGAUGAUGAUUAUAGCUUUCGUUGCAGCUGUUGCAAAGCAUUCAUCAGUUGCAACACAUGAUCCUUACAGCCAAGCAUUGCAUCGACGAUUUGAUGGAUACAAUUAUCGCAAGAAUCAGCAGUACAAUAUGUUUUUACGACGUAUCGCGCAACAGCUAGCUGAUGAUGCAGAUAGAAGGAAAAGCUUUGGCGCUAUGAUAGGAAAGCGUGUUGACUCAGUUUCAAAUGAUGGAAUGAUUCUUGGUGUUGGUCUUGAUAACAAGCUUUACACACGCGUUACCUUGAACAGCGACUGGGUUCAAGUUGCGAAUAGCGAUCCAGUCAGUGCUGUUACACAGUUAAAGGAUGGAACGAUCCUUGGUGCUGGUCCAGAUGCUACACCUGCACCAAUACCUGCACCGAAUACUUGUAGUCCUAGCAGCAACGUUUGUGGUGCUAGUUCUGAUACUUCUGGUGGUUAUCAUUUAACAUUUUAUCAAUACUUUGCUGGUAGCAGUACAGCUGGUAAAGGUGGUGGUGCAUAUUAUUGUCCUGGGGGUUCUCAUCACUAUGCUGAUUGUACUGCGUCUUGUGAAUAUGAAAAUGCGUUUCUUGCUCAAUGUCUUGCUUGUUGUAACGCCUGUUGUCCAACUGCUGUUGUUAGAAGCCGUGCUCUUAAGGAUCAUGUUUUUCAUGGUGUCCGUCGUCGUAUCUUUGAUGCUCGCGAUAGCAGUGAAGAUGAUGAUCGUCGUCGUUAG